AUGGCGAAAUCACAAGAGAGAAGACGCAGAGAGAGAGGAGACGUGAGUGGACAGAAAAGAAAGAAAAAAAAGAAGGAAAAGGACGAAGCAAGCGAGUCGUCUCCCUCGCGCGGGCGUCCGUGCCCCUGCCGGCCUCCAUCCGCGGGCACCUGCCGCCUCCGCCUCGCCUCCGCUUCCCGUCCUCGCGCCGGCCACCGCUGCUCCCCGCCGAGACACCACCGGCCGUACGCCUGUCGCAGCACCCCUGUCCCGGGCAUCGACGCCGCAGAACCACCGCCCGUAGCUGCUCGCCCGACGCCUGCAACCCGCCGAUCCGGCCACUGCCGCUCCGCCCGCGAGCCAGCAUCCGACGCCUGCCAGCCUCUGCUCGACGACCGCGCCUGCAGCAGCGCCCGAGGCCCUCGCCGCUCCGCCUUGACCGCCCGCUGCAGCAAACCUGCACCGGCCCCCUUUGCUCCGCCCGACGCCGUUGCAGCGCCGCUCGAACGCCGCCCCUGUCUGCGCCUCUGCCCGACGAUCGCAACAGCAGCCGCCGCCUCCACAGCCGCGCCUCUGCACCGCGCCAUCACUGCUACUGCGCCUGGUGCCCGACGCCCACAGCCACCCUCUGCCCGGCGCCGCCCACCAUCGUUGCUGCCCUUCCCCACGUCCCCCUUAGGAAACCCGCGCAUCGUACCAACACAGACAACCCGAAAAGCCCAGGUAACAGGAGUAAACCCUAAGUGCAACACAUGUUAGCCAUCACACAUGUGCCAUCGGGUAAGUCACAUUGCAACACCCGGGAAUCAAACUCCUCCCCUUACGUUAGGGGGAGAAGCUCGCCGCCGGCAGCGCUACCCAGGUGGGUGGUAU